AUGUCGUCACUGGAUCUUCGAAUCCUGGACGACACCGACGACUCCGUCAACAAGGUUAUCGGUCGCUACUCUGACGGCAAAGCAGUGGAAAUUCUAAGACGAUACCUCGAGCCUGGUGGAGAUCUUUCAAUAGGAGAAGCCACAAAACUAAUUGAUGACAUGCUUCCGAGUCCCGACGAACGCGACCUCCACUUCCAGCUGGGGAAUUUUGGUUGUCUUACCUUGGAACAAGCACAGCAGAUUCCAUAUGAUCAUCCAGCCCAGAUGCGGUUUGCGAGGUUAUUGCAACGCCUGCAGAGAUCGUACAAGUUGAAUGAAAUUUGUUGCACUGAUGAAGGGUCCAAAAUAUAUGCUAGCAUGCACUCUUUUCGAACGGCAGUACAAGAGUGGUAUGACCCCGGGUUUGAGUCCGGAACCGAUGAGGAAGCCUACUGGAUCAACAUAGCAGCCUUCAUUGCACGUCUGGCAGCUUUGGACAUCCUUGAUGGCACACUGUGGGCAAUAUCCACCAUGAAAGAUGCUCUGGAGAGUGAACCAAGCGCAAAGUAUUACAGGAGUUAUAUCAGUGCUGCGGCCUUAUGGAUUCUGUGUGCUGGUCAAUGGCUCUGUAAUGAGGUCUUGCGCCCACAGGAAGCUAAUCCAUGUGGUGCUGGAAUUUGGGAAAUCGAAGGGCUGUAUACUGGGCCCACGCAUGGGCUAGAGAGAUGGGAAUUUUGGCAAAAGGCUUUUGCUGCUGCAGUCGAGAAUGAGCAUGCCACUGAUGAGUGUAAGAAGCUUGCGCUUCGGGCUGUGAAUUUGAUGGAAGGCCUCGCACGAGAUGGCCCGAUCGGAACGGAUGCUCUGUCUCCUUAUGGUCGCAUAUUUGACUACCUCGGUGAAAGUCCUCGCCUUUUGAAAUCUGUUUUGGUUUAUCUUCCUUCUAUUGGCUUGCAUAUGCGAUUUGGAAAAUAUGCCCGUUCAGAACGAAAUAAGAAGAAUGCUGAAAUUCUCACGUUGGAUGGUGACUACCUGAUUGCCCACAAUCUCUCCUCAAUACGAAACGUUCAAAAAUAUCUCACACAUCCCGAAAUCACAGUGCUGACCAACAUCAUUACUAUGGGUAUUGAAGAUGCACUUCCCCGGAAGCUCCGCAGGAAGCUCAGAGAAGACCUGUUGGCAGCCAAUGACGAAUUCGUGCGAGACAUUCCCAAAGUCGAGCUCCAUGUGCAUAUUGAAGGAACUCUGACUGCCGAACUGAGGUGGAAGCUGGCUCAGAGGAAUGGUCUCCAGGUGAAGUUUGGCAAUAGCCCGGAGCUACAAAGUAUGGAGGAGCUGAGAUACGCCAUGAAUAGCGCGGAACCUAAAACUGAAGAUGAGGAGCGCGAGUUCUUCUUCGCGUCAUAUUAUGGGGCAUUUGACACAUUAAAGACCAAGCAGGAUUACUUCGACCUGGCAAUGAACUACUUCGAGACCGUUGCAACCAUGAAUGUUCGGUAUUGCGAGGUCUUCUUCGAUCCUCAGGGGCAUACAAGCCGAGGUAUCUCCUGGGAUGUUAUGAUGGGAGGCUUCAAAGAGGCUCAGGUCAAAGCCCAGUGUGAAUUCAACGUUUGUUCCUCGUGGAUCAUGUGUUUUCUACGCGAUCUGUCCCCUGAGGACGCAAUGGAUCACUAUAUGGCUGCAUUGCCAUAUCGAGACAUGAUUACCGGCAUUGGACUUGAUUCAAACGAAUACCAUCGACCUCCUUUACUAUUCCAAGAGGUGUUCUCCCUCGCCCGACGGGAUGGCUUCCGGAUCACGAUGCAUUGUGAUGUGGGACAGGAUAACACCCACGAGCAUAUCCGACAAGUCGCUUCCGAGAUGGGCGGGAAUGGGGCGGAUCGAAUCGACCAUGGGCUCAACGCAGCUGAUAGACCAGAGCUGGUGGACCUGAUCCUGAAGCGAGACAUAGGCAUGACCAUCUGCCCGGAUCAGACUCACCAUCAUAGUGAUGACCCGGCUUUCAUGGAUGAUGCCUGGAUUCUGCAUAAUCUGUUGCUCACAAAACACUUUGGCUUUACUGAUGAGGAAAUUGUAACAUUAGCCCAAAACGCCAUCUCAAUUUCCUGGGCAAUGCAGUCGACCAAGAACCAAAUUAUGCGAGAAAUCGAUGCGGUAUAUAAACGCUUUUAUCCAGAUUGA